GAAACCAUUUCAAGCCAUCGGAUGGCGUAGAUUCUUAUUCGACGCUUUAAAAGGGACGGUGGUGUUGUUAUAUCUCAGCUAUCAGCGACUUCACCCUCUGAAACAAGUGCAAUAUCGCACAAUGCUGUAUGCGUCAGUCCCUCGACCGUUCCUUCAACCACCUCAGUCGUUCCUGUAAUUCGAAUGGUGAAGUGCUCGCUGAACAAGGGACAUCAGAAGGACGCCGAAAUGAUUGUGCGUCUGCGCGCCAACGAGCGAGCGUGUGCCUUGGAGCAAAGGCUGAACGAGGUCGAUGCAUCAGCGGACGUCCACGAAUUGGACCUCACAAAUUGCAUUUUUGCGGAUCCGGACAAACUGUCUGUACUCAUCAGCAAAUGUAGCCGCCUUCGGUCCUUACGGUGCGUCGCCUGUUCGGUAAGGUCGAGUGACCUUUUCAGGUUGAUUUUUGAAUGGCUUCCCAAUCUGGCGCUAGUCGAGUUCUCGCUCGUGGCAAGGACCGAGGUAGACACCGAGGUCAGAGAGGUGCUUGAAAUGUUGCCGCGGAUCCGCAACUCCCCGGUCAGGAACCUGCGUCGCGUGUAUGUCGAAGUCGGCGGCUACCAGAAUUUCAAGCUCCUCUCGCUGCUAGUGCGCUUGUGCCCGAACCUGGCUGAGCUGCACGUGCACUUGGUGCACGGAGUUUUCUGGAAUGCGCUCCUGGAGUGCCGCGACAUCCUCCGAGACUACGUUGUUUCGCAAACUUUCGCGUUCUCCUCGGAGGUGCCGGCCUCCAUUCAGCAUGAGCUGACAGUGCCGAUCGAGUUAACGAAUUGCGCGGCCAUCUGCGCCAACGUCAGCUGGGACAGACGGAGAGACUCAUGGAACUGCGCUCGAUUCAUUGACCUCGCGCUGUUCAUCCAGGACGGCCUUACCCUGCCGUCUCAGAUGAUCGUGUUUGCCGUCCACGAAGCCAACCUUACGCCGGAGUGGAUCUAUCGAGCCACCGGAAAACACGUUUGGAGCCAAGUCCGCCAGCUGUGUCUCGUGCUAUACCCAGCGGAGCGCCAUUCCGCCGCCUAUCCGACGGCAGGUGGCAAUUACCGCCAAAGUCUGCGAGAAUUCCUCACGGCAGUCCAGCACAUCGUCGAACUCAAUGUAAGUUCGUUCCACUUCCGUGGUGACAACGACUUUACGGCACUGCUUGAAGAAGUAAGGCUGCCGUCCCUGCGGGCGCUCUGUGCACCUCCGUGCGGGUUUUGCCACCGAUUUGCGCUGCAUCGUUUGGCGUUGAGCUGCGCUAACCUCGAAGACUUGGACGUGCGCUUUGACCGGCAGGGUAGCCUCGUCCGAUGUGCCGCCUGCGACGGUGGGUUCUGCACUGAGCCCGAAGAAGAUAUGGAUGGAUCCCACGCCAAUGGCCCCAUUCUUCGUAUUAGGCUCGUCGGGCUGACUCUGACGGACGUGCCCAGGCUUAUCUCGAUGUGGUUCCUCGAACACUGCCGAGCGGUUACAGUGCGACUUGCCGACUGUCUCAGUUCCAUGCUUUGUGACUACGAGCGUAUGGGCGAACUACUCAUCGACGCCCGGCCGCGUUACCUCGUGCUUAAGCUUGCCUCUCUACCCCUCAGCGAGAACUUUAUGUUGAGCAAGUUAACACGCAUCACCAGCCUCCAGUACCUGGCCAUUCUUUUGGCGGACCCCAUGGAAGAAGACGUGGCCGAAAGGUGCGUGAGUACCCUGACUACAAGAUUGCCAAACCUUCGGUGCCUCCACGUUCACUACCCAACCACUUCCGACGGCACCGAGAAGCGGGUCACGUGGAUGCGGCAAGAGGGCGCUGCAGAGGGUGGCAGCGUGGUUUGCGACCGUCCGUGCUUCCUGUGUUCAACGGCUACCUUCAUAGGCCUCGUCAAACCGAUGAACCGCGACUUUCAGACAGUUCUGUAGCUGAGGGCUGUCGGACGAGUGAAAAUUCUCAGGAUAGGCAAAAGUUUAAACUUAUGCUAGGUUAUUAUUUGCUCAUUCAUUAAAAUGUCUUUUCG